UAAUCUCUUGACGAAGCCCUUUCUGCUAACAACUUCAGGAAGAAGAUUGUAGAAGAGGGAAAGAGGAAGAGAAUAAAUUUCUGCGAUCUUUAAAGCCUAAACCCUAACCCUAACCCUCUUGAAAUUCGUUUUCAUUGUUGGGAAGAAAUUGGUAGAAAGGUGAGGGGAAGGGUUUCGCACGUCUCCAGACCACUCUGUGGUCAAUGUCGCAGCUGAAACCGAUUUCCCAUCUGGACAAUAUCCCCUCGACGCCAGGGAAGUUCAAGAUGGACAAAUCGCCUUACAAUCACAGACUCCGGUGGCAUUCUUCGCUAGUCAAGCUUGCUUUCUGGUCCUUACUCUUCCUUGGUUUAAUCCUCAUAUUCUUCCUCCGAUCUCCUUCUUCUCAAUCAUCCGAUCCCCGUCGGUCUCUUCGCACCUCCAUCUGGGGCGGCCCUGCUUGGGAGAAGCGUGUACGUACCUCAGCACGUGUCCGUUCUCGCAAUGGCAUGUGUGUGUUGGUCACUGGCGCUGCAGGAUUCGUUGGUACCCAUGUGUCAGCCGCAUUGAAACGCCGUGGUGAUGGCGUCCUUGGCGUCGACAAUUUCAAUGACUACUACGAACCUUCACUGAAGCGAGCCCGUCAGGCUCUCCUUGAGCGCACUGGAGUGUUCGUUGUCGAGGGGGAUAUCAAUGAUUCCGCUCUUCUCCGUAAACUAUUUGAUGUUGUCGCAUUCACCCAUGUCAUGCACCUCGCGGCUCAGGCAGGCGUAAGGUAUGCAAUGCAGAACCCAAGUUCGUAUGUUCACAGCAACAUUGCGGGCUUUGUUAAUGUGCUUGAGGUCUGCAAGUCCGCCAAUCCCCAGCCUUCGAUCGUCUGGGCUUCUUCGAGUUCGGUUUAUGGCCUCAAUUCUAAGGUGCCUUUUUCGGAAAAAGACCGAACUGAUCAGCCCGCCAGCCUCUAUGCCGCCACUAAGAAGGCUGGUGAAGAGAUUGCCCACACUUACAAUCACAUCCAUGGACUUUCAAUCACUGGGUUGCGCUUCUUCACGGUCUACGGGCCUUGGGGUCGACCUGACAUGGCUUAUUUCUUCUUUACGAAAGAUAUUCUCAAGGGAAAGCCGAUUUCGAUCUUUGAGGGUCCUAACCAUGGGACGGUUGCCAGGGACUUCACUUACAUUGAUGACAUUGUGAAGGGAUGCUUGGCUUCGUUGGACACUGCAGAGAAGAGCACUGGCAGUGGUGGGAAGAAGAGGGGGCCUGCACAAUUGCGGGUCUUCAACCUAGGGAACACUUUACCUGUGCCCGUCACUGAUCUCGUCCGCAUAUUGGAGAAGUUGUUGAAGGUUAAGGCCAAACGGGUAAUGUUGAAGAUGCCGAGGAAUGGAGAUGUGCAGUUCACUCACGCGAACAUAAGCUUGGCACGUAGGGAGCUUGGGUACAAUCCCACGACCGAUCUGCAGACAGGGUUAAAGAAGUUCGUCCGGUGGUAUCAAAGUUAUUAUUCAAGUUCUGGGAAGAAGGCUGCUGGGUGAAUCCUCUUCAUUGAUGUGCGGUAGAAUCGUUUCUUUUCUUCUUCAUUUUAAUUCUUACAAUUUUUUCCCCUUCCCCUUCAUCCAAUUCUC